AUGUUCCUGUUCACCCUGGCGGCGUUGACGUCUGUGUCUGUGGUGGUGGUGAUGUUCAUGCCAAAGAAGACCCGUGACCGUAUCUGCCCCUGCUGCAAAAGGCUACCUGGUUACAGCUGUGCGGACCGCCCCGUGGUAGAGGCGAUGGUGGUGCUGACGGCGUGGUCGCUGGCGGCGGCGGCGGCGGUGGUGCUGGGCGCGUCGACGUGCUUCUGCCUGCUGCCGGAGGCGUGCCGCCUGCGCCUGAGCCCGUGCCUUCGCGUGCUGCCGUUCCCGUGCGGCCCCAAGCGUCGGCCGCCGGAGCCCGAGCGCGAGCGCGUGGAGCGCGUGCCGCAGUUUGCCGCGCGCCGCCCGCCGCCCGUGGAGCGGCCCGUGCCCGUGCCGUUCGCGCGCAGG